AUGGAUAUUGCUUCUCUCCUUGAAUGGAAACUUAACUGUUUCGAACAAUCUUUUAACACCGUAUACAAUCUUUCUAGGCGUUUUUCAAAUAAGGGAAAUAAAUGCACAUGUGCUAAAAUUGCGGUUCAAGUUGAUAACAAAGAAACUGUCAAUACCUAUGAUGUCGAUUCUGAUAGCGCGCUUAUAAGGGAAGUAGAAGAAGCUCUUCAAAAAGCACACUUAACUCUCUCUCCACAGAAGACAAAAAAGGAGCCUAUCUCCGUAGAUAGGCCUAGCAAGAGUGUCCUGAAAAUUUGUCAUGGAAACACUUGUAUAAAGACGUCGAGACCUGAUUGCAGCGGACCUAUAACAAAGCAGCGGAAAUAUAUUCCUGCCCACUAUAAAGCUCCCUAUAAAACGGAUUUGCACAUACCAAACCGUAAAAAGUUAUUUACAUUAGGACAGCCAGUAGCAUCAUUUCCACCAACGAUGGACAACAAAAAUAUGAGUGACAGAACCAUAAAAAAGAUCAAUGAAACCAGUACUAAACAGGAAAAUCACACAGAAGUGAAUUUUCUCGAAGAUAUAAAUUUAUUAUGCCAUCCAGCUUCUACAUGUGACUGCUACCAAUAUCAAACCCAUCAGCAGGCUGCUUUAAUCGAAAAAUAUAAUAAAAGUGUUUCGUGCUUGUGGCUCUCGAUCUCACGUACCAGGCAAUUAUUAAGAUCGGAAGACAGAAGUAUUAUAGUUCAGUUUUUUAAAAACAUCCCCAUGGAAUCCAAACUGUUUUCUAGUAUGUGCUUUGCUAUUCAAAAGUGUGACCUUGCCAUCGCUUUGUUCGAAAAAUUCACUAGUCUUGUGAGUUUCAUUGAUGUACAGAAAGUCAGUCAAGAUGAAAUUAAUUGGAUUCAGUACGUUUUUUCAAGAUUCAGCCUCAUUUUAAAACUGUUGGAAUUACUGAUGACAAAGGUGAACCCUGAUUCAAGCGACUUGUCAACAACGAAUGUCCUUAAUGAUCUUCUCACUCAUAAUGAUCCCAUAAGUGCCUGGUUUGCUUCAAAACACCCAGUUAAACUAGUUGCUCCUCCAAGUCCAUAUGAAGCGUUUCUGACUAUAGGCAACUGUCCUAGCACUCCGGGAGCAUUUUCCCGUUUAUUAGCGUUAACGGCAUGGCCUCAAAUGUGUGUAUUCAACGGCAGCGCGAAACAAGCAUUAUUAUUUACAAACCUUUGGAGUGAGCUUGAAUCUGUCCAAACAGAACUCGAACUUUUAAACACUUUUAAAGCAAAUCUACCUAAUUUGCUUGUGGAUCAUCUAUUCACAAAAACGAUCAAUCAUGCGUCGGCUUUCCGUAAUUUAUACACACUCGUUUGCGGAAACAGUCCAUUGAUUUUGAAAAGCAACGUAUAA